GCACCUUAGCUUCCAAUUGGUCUUUUUACUUGUAACUCGCACUCGGAAAACCCCAACAGCACAACAGCACACAAUAUCGAUAGUACCUAAAUUUUACCUUUCUUCCUACUUUUACUCCCUCCAUAUAUACUGGAUAGGAUAACACGAAUUAUAGGACGGCCUAUUGGAAGUACCUGUCAUAUCUCAUCCUAUCCAAUAUGGAUUUUGUUAGCGAUGGUCUCGCUUCUAUUCCGCAGAGCGUGCUGUUGACCUUUGCGGGACUGGGAGCUCUCUUUACAACAUUCAAAGCGUUGAGCUUUCUCCGUUUACUCUUAAACACAUUCAUCCUCAGUGGGACCAACCUUAAGAAAUAUGGAAAGAAGGGUAGCUGGGCUGUUGUAACGGGCGCAUCUGAUGGCUUAGGAAAAGAAUUUGCUGCUCAACUCGCUGCCAAGGGCUUCAACCUCGUCCUGGUGUCCCGUACCUUAUCCAAGUUAGAAGCACUAUCGCAAGAGCUGGAAACCAAGCAUGCGGGACUACAGACGAAGGUGCUCGGCAUGGACUUCUCCGCUGACGACGAGGCCGACUAUGCUCGUCUCGCCAACCUGAUCACCGGUCUCGACAUAGGCAUUCUUAUCAACAAUGUCGGUCAGAGUCACCACACCGCUGUUCCUUUCCUGCUCACCGAAUCGAAGGAGCUUCAAGAUAUUGUCACUAUCAACUGCCUAGGCACUCUCAAGGUCACACAGCUCAUCGCUCCGGGAAUGCAGGCCCGUAAGCGUGGUUUGAUUCUCACAAUGGGUAGCUUCGGCGGAUGGAUCCCAACCCCUUAUUUGGCCACCUACUCGGGUAGCAAGGCAUUCCUACAGCAUUGGUCCUCUGCUCUUGCGGCCGAGCUCAAGCCGAGCAACGUCGACGUCCAACUUUGUCUCAGCUACCUUGUCACGACAGCAAUGAGUAAGGUACGACGGGCUAGCGCACUUAUUCCUAGCCAGAAACAAUUUGUGCGAGCUGCUCUAGGCAAGGUGGGAUUGGGAGGCUGGCAAAGCGUGGCAUAUACUUAUACACCGCAUUGGAGCCAUGCGCUGAUGGCCUGGGUCAUUGAGAAUACCCUUGGCGUUGGUCACUGGCUUUGCAUCUGGGUCAACUUGAAGAUGGAAAUGGAUAUCCGGGACCGCUAUCUGAAGAAGGCGGCCCGAAAUGCCAAGAAGGAAUAAUUAAGCCCGAGGCAAAGCUCUCCAGGAACUAAAAAGGAAUAGCCGUAGGCUUCAUAUUGGUUAACUAUGGAAAAAGCUGCAGUUGGAGCUGCCUGUAUUUAUAGAGGUAAAGAGAUGACUGGCGUCGUACUUUAGGUAUCUAAUUCACAUUUGACUUGAUAUUAUUAUUUUUCGCUCUUUUGUUUUAGAGAUGGUUUAUUACGUCUAAGCUUGUUCA